AUGGAAGCAAUUACGCGUAAGCUGCCGCCGAAUCCGCGACAAACCGCCAACAUCGUCUCGGCGCUGACCUUCUGGUGGACGAUCGAUCUGUUCCGAAAAGGGUACAGCAAGGUGUUGGAGCUCCAGGAUCUCUUCCGCCCGCUGGAUGUAGAUCGUUCCGAUGUGCUUGGUGAUCGGUUAGAAAAGAAAUGGUUCGAACAACAAGCCGGACCUGGUCGACCAUCGUUAGUGAAGGCAAUCUUUAAAACUUUUUGGCGGGAAUACGGUGUGCUCGGGUUCAUUACCAUCAUCAACGACAUUGUUAUCCGGUUAGCACAGCCCAUCUUCCUCGGUUGGUUACUGCUUUAUUUCCGGAAGGACUCGGAAGUCUCUCGCGAAAGUGCUUUCCUGUAUGCCGGUGCGAUCGUACUACUGAAUGCACUGAGCGUGAUCACGAUCAAUCAGUACGUGCUGGGUAGUUUCCAGAAUGGUAUGAAGGUACGGAUAGCGGUGUGUAGUGUUAUCUACCGCAAAGCACUUCGUCUGUCGCGAACUGCCCUCGGUGACACGGCUCCCGGCAAGGUGGUAAACCUGCUGUCGAACGAUGUGAACCGUUUCGACAUCGUGUCGGUGUUUUUGCAUUCCAUGUGGUCAGCUCCACUGUUGGCGAUUGUGAUCGGCAUAAUGCUGUACAUCGAGAUCGGUGUAGCCGGUCUGAUCGGCAUGGUGGUAAUCUUCAUCGUAACACCGAUCCAAUCGUACACGGGCAAGCUAACGUCACGCUUCCGGCUGCAGACGGCUUUACGUACCGACGAGCGUAUCCGGCUGAUGGACGAGAUCAUCUCGGGCAUUCAGGUGAUCAAGAUGUACGCCUGGGAGCGACCAUUUGCGAAACUGAUCCGACACGCGCGCCAAAUGGAGCUGAAGAUUGUGCGCAAGAGUGCGUACGUGCGCGGUCUGUACAUGACGUUUCUACUGUUCACCACGCGGACGGCGCUGUUCUGCACAAUGAUGGCGAUGGCACUGCUAGGUGAUGAGUUGACCGCGGCAAGGGUGUUCGUGAUUGCGACGUACUUUGGCAUCCUGGCGAACACGAUGUCGGCCAUGUUUGUUCGCGGUAUUGCGGAAAUUGCUGAAGCGAUGGUAGCAAUGCGACGGUUGCAACGCUUUUUGGAGUUCGAGGAACGUGAAGAGGACCGGGCACUGCCCGACAACAAAAGCCGACUGCUGGCGGAGUUUGGACUGAAUGGAGAUGCGACCGAGAAACAGCGGCUGAUCGAAUCUGAAACUCAGCUCCCACCAACCAUUGCCGUAUCGAUGAAGGACGUAACGGCGCGUUGGGGUGCUGUCCGCAAGCAGGAGGACUUUCCACGAAAGGGCGAAAAGCAACCGAACGGUGGGUUGGCAGUGGCGGGCGGAGAAACGGAUGAUAUACCGCCGACGACGCUGUCGAACCUUAACAUUGACUUCCGUAAAGGCCUUCUGAUCGGUGUGAUCGGACCGGUAGGUGCAGGCAAGUCCUCUUUGUUGCAGGCAAUCUUGCGUGAGCUCCCGCUGGAAACGGGGAGUGUCGUAACGCAGGGCCGAUUUGCGUACGUGAGCCAAGAGCCGUGGGUAUUUUCCGGCACCGUACGGCAGAACAUCCUUUUUGGCCAGCCGAUGGAGAAAGAGCGCUAUGAUUCGGUGGUACGAGCUUGUGCGCUCGUUACGGACUUUGAGCAACUUCCCGACGGUGAUCGGACGAUGAUCGGCGAACGUGGGGCUGCACUGUCCGGGGGACAGAAGGCUCGCAUCAGCUUGGCACGGGCCGUGUACCGGCGAGCGGACGUAUUUUUGCUGGAUGAUCCGCUCAGUGCGGUCGAUGCGCACGUAGGUCGACAUCUGUUCGAUCUGUGCAUUGGUCCACAGGGACGCCUCGGUACACUCCGGACGACGCGAAUACUCGUCACGCAUCAGGUACACUUCCUGAAGGAGGCCGAUUGGGUGGUGGUGCUGAACGAGGGACAAGUGCAGGCUCAGGGUACGCCACACGAUCUGGCUCAGGACGGUAUUGAUUUCGUGGAGCUGGUCGAACGUAAAGGUGACGAUGGCAGUGAACACGACGGUACCGGGGGUGAUGGUGACGGUGGGUCUAUCGGUGGUGGGGGUGAUAAGCGUAGCCGGCGGGAUUCACGUGCAUCGGCCCGGUCGGGUGGAUCUUCUGCCCAUGCCGAACUAAGCGACGAUGAGCUGAAACGCGAAGAGCGUGAAAUGGCAGCUGAUGCGCCGGUCCAGAGCAACAUGGAAGGAACGUCACGAGGGAAGGUGCAAGGGUCGCUGCUGCUGAGCUACCUUGGAAGCGGUGCGAAUGGACUGGUCAUGUGCGGACUGUUGGCACUUUUCCUAGCGACCCAACUUGCCGCUAGUGGUGCGGACUACUGGGUUGCCUUUUGGACCUCGCAGGAAGAACAGCGCAUUUUCCGAGCAGCACAUCAAGAUACCAUUGCGAACGGUACGGCAGCAUCUACGGACGAACUGCGACCAUUACUCAGUACGGAGACCUGUAUGGCCAUCCAUGGUGCACUGGUGGGAAGUAUCUUUCUCAUUGCCAUUACCAGAUCAAUUAGCUUCUACCAGACGUCGGUUCGUGCAUCGCAAAAUCUGCAUGACUCCAUGUUUGCGGGCUGCGUUUCGACGACGAUGCGUUUCUACGACACCAACCCAUCCGGUCGCAUCCUGAACCGGUUCUCCAAGGAUAUGGGCUCUGUCGAUGAGUUGCUGCCGAAGGCGAUGCUGGACGCAUCCCAGAUCAUCCUCAGUCUGUGCGGCACGCUGGUCGUCACCGUGAUCGUAAACCCACUGUUUCUGAUACCGCUCGCUGUACUCGGUGUCAUCUUCUGGUUCGUGCGUCGUAUCUACCUCAAGACAUCGAAAAACAUCAAGCGGCUGGAGGGUAUCACGAGGUCGCCCGUCUUCUCGCAUCUAUCUGCCUCGCUGGCCGGGUUGCCAACGAUACGCGCGUUCGGUGCCCAGGGAGAACUGAUCCGAGAGUUCGAUGCGCAUCAGGACAUUCACACGGCGUCGUUCUACAUGUUCAUCACCGCCAGCACAGCGUUCGGCUUUGCGCUCGAUCUGCUCUGUCUGAUAUUUGUGUUUAUCGUCGUGUUUAGCUUUCUGCUGCUGGAACAGGACACCUUUGGCGAUCGGGUCGGGUUGGCGAUAACUCAAGCGAUGGCCCUGACCGGUAUGAUGCAGUGGGGCAUUCGGCAGAGUGCAGAGGUAGCCAACUUCAUGAUGUCCGUGGAACGAUUGCUCGAGUAUCGCGAUCUUUCGCCUGAAAGGCAACCAGAACGGCCGCGAGCACUGAAUGCUAGCUGGCCGGAAGAGGGUCGAAUCGAUUUUAAGAACGUCACCUACCGCUACUAUGAGGGAGCAUCGGCAGUAUUGCGCGAUCUGUCGUUCGAGAUACGACCACGGGAGAAGAUCGGCAUUGUAGGCCGCACCGGUGCAGGCAAGUCGUCGCUAAUUGGCGCACUGUUCCGGUUGGCACAGAUCGAAGGAGAGAUUUUGCUCGACGGUAUCGAUACGGCCGACAUUGCGCUGGAGAGUCUCCGGUCGAAGGUGUCCAUUAUACCGCAGGAUCCGGUACUGUUUUCCGGCACGCUACGCCGCAAUCUGGACCCCUUCGAAGAUUACCCGGACGUGGAGCUGUGGGGUGCACUGGAGCAGGUGGAGCUGAAAGAGCUCGCCAACACGCCGGCAGGUUUGCAGAUGGCGGUGGCGGCAGGUGGCUCCAACUUUAGCGUUGGCCAACGGCAGCUGAUUUGUCUCGCGCGUGCUAUUUUGCGCAACAAUCGUAUCCUGGUGCUGGAUGAAGCUACUGCCAAUGUUGAUCCAACGACGGAUCGUUUGAUCCAAGACACGAUACGGCAAAAGUUUGCUGACUGUACCGUGUUGACGAUCGCCCAUCGACUCAACACGAUCAUGGACUCGGACCGUGUGCUGGUGAUGGAUGCGGGCCAGGCAGUGGAAUUGGGAACACCGUACGAGCUGCUACAGCUUCCGAUCAGCAUCUUCCGCGACAUGGUGCUCGCAACGGGGCCGACCGAAUCGGAACGUUUGCAGCAGAUCGCGCGACUUAAGCACGAACAAAUAGCGCCCGUUCAGUGA